AUGGGACAGCCCAGUAACGACACUGAAAGCCAGCAGCCGCAGCAGGAGCUGUAUUACUUUGCGUAUGGUCCUGUGGUGAACGACUUGGUGCGGAAGAGACGAGGAAUCCAUGUGGACGAGAUCCGCUCUGCGUUCCUUGUUGACUACCGGUUAACGUUUGCCAUAGGCGGCAUGGCGAACAUUGUUCCUAGAAGAGGGUACGAAGUGCAUGGUCUCUUGAUGAAGCUGACAUCUCAGGAAGAUUGGGAAGCUCUGAUCAAAUUCGACGCGGGAAGCACCCCGUCCUACCAUCGCGUGAUUCCUUAUCGCUACGACGACAACACGGAACGACGAGAAGGAGAUCCUCGCACCGAGAGUGACCCCGUGAAUGCCCGUUUUGUGGAGUUCUCAGACAAGGUAGAAGACGAAUUCUUGGAUUCUCCCAUUGAGACAUUACCCCAAUGUCGCUAUCUCGAGUUGAUUGCUCAGGGAAUGAAUCAAUAUGGCGUCGAUGAGGAUUACAUUGAUGCCGAGAUAAUGGCGACUCCCUUCGUACCAAAAUGCCCGCCAGAGGAAUACCAGCAAGUUCCUCUCGAUUUCAAACUGCUAGCGCCGCCUUCCAAAAAAAUCAUGGCCCGACACUCGACAACCAGUGCUCCCACGCUUCCCAAAAUAUCAUUUUGCAAGUAUCAAAAACUAUGCCAAAAACAACCUGCUACGGGGGGAGACACAUACUUUAUUGUCGAUGAAUGCAUAUACCGAAUUCAUCAAGUAGAUAUUGCCAAAGUACCUGCCGCCAAAUGGUUCCACAUCAAUGGACAUGGAAAACCAGACUGUUCCUUGCUGCUACACAAACUCAUUGUCGACCCGGACAUACCCCUUUGUGAUCACAUCUAUGAAAUGACACCCCUUCAUUUCGCAUGGGUCGAAAAUAGAAUCGUUGAACAAGUCAUUCAAAAAUAUCAAUGUCAAGUCACAAAAGUCGCCAUGUUGAAGGAGGAAGACGACAAACAGGAACAUCCGCAUGGAAGAUUGAGAUCCGUCGUCGCCAGAACCUCCAAACGAUUCUCACUCACCAAACGACGAGGCAGUACCAAUCCAGGAGCUUAA